AUGGCGCUCGCGGACCCUGCGCUCUCCCACCAGCUAAUGCUAACCAUCGGAAAACACGCAUUCGCCGACCCCCCACUCCCACUCGAGCUCAUGCUCGUCGUCGGAGAGCAAGCCAGCCCUCGGACUCUCUCCGUGCUCUCCCGCACCUGUCACACUCUCCACACUCUCCUCGCGCUGGAGCUCCAGAGGAGAUUUAACGCCGACGUCGAGGACAUCACCAUCUGGGCGGCCGCCUCCACCCGCCCCCGACUCCUUGAGCGCGCCAUCACCACCGCUCUCGCCCCCGGCUCUCCUGUUGCCGCCGCCCACCAGGACCGGCUCCGCGACACUCUCAGCCGGCGCCUCUCCCGGCUCUUCUCCCUGCCCGUGGAGCAAAAGGCGGCCGAGACCGUCAAAGUUCUGAUGUCCCACAAAAUCAGGCCCUUUGUCUCGACCGCCAUGCGUCCCAGGAAUCGGCUGCCCGGGAAUCGUCCCACCACUACCACCAUCGCUCGGCCCCCAAGCAACAGACCCAUCACUCGGUCCCGGAGAUGGUUGAUUGACAAAGAAUGUGCUCCGUCAUGGGUGGAGCAUGCGGUGCGCCAAGGGGAUCUGUGGCUGGCGCGGUGGCUCCUGGAAGAGGCGGGUGCCGAGGUGCAUGCAAGCGCGGUGAGGGUGCAGGGGAGCCAGGCGCAGACGCUAUUAGACGUUGCCAGAGAUCGGAGAUUUGAGAGGCCGAGGGCCAAGUAUGUGGAGGAGAUGAUCCAGCUGUUGAUAAAGCACGACCCGAAGCCGAGCACUCCCUGCUAUCCGGGCAUUCGGCCAGAGAACCAGCAGCGCUUGGAGGAGAUGCUGAAGGUGUCCGACGACCCAGGCGCGCUCCUGGAUGCUUGGGUAUCUGAGGAGCUUGAGGUAUAUGUCAACUUCGUAUGGGAACGAUCGGCUGAGUGUUGGAAUACGCAUAUGACCAGUGCGUCGAGAGCGGUGGGGCUGUGA